AAACCGAACAAGUAAAUAAACAAGUAAAAAGCAAAAGCUAUUGCUGUUGUAAAGAACCAACUGUAAAAUUAAGAGUUGUUCAUGUUGUAAAAGCCGUGCCAGACGUUGUGGAUGUGUAUUACAAAGAGAAUGUAAUAUCACUAAUGUAA